AAACUCUUCUUUCUCAGCUUGUUUCUCUAACAGUGUCACUGGUUCUUGAGUUCUUUUCCGCACCUUUUCUGCUUCUUUCUGUUUCCCCCCGUCCUUUUUCUUUUAUAUAUUUUUUUUCCGGUUCAUGAUUUUUUCCUUCUGGCCUCUCCGCUCGAUCGGGGAGACCGAGCUCCGGUGAUUGGAGAACGAGGGAGACGCGAGGGUUUUCAAAGUAGCCUUCUUCCUCGUCGCCGUCCGCUUGGAGAGGAGAGGGAAAACCAGAUGAUUUAUUUCGGAGAUUGAUCCCGAUAUGCGGAGUGUCUUCUUCGCGGGUCUUGUGUUUCGUCUGCCGUUGGCUUUCACGGUCGUUUUGGGGAAAUUAGGAAGCUGAGGUCCGGUUUUGAGGUUCGGGUGGGUCCAGAGGGAUGUAUGAAGGAUGGAAGGUGGAGAUCGGGAUGUUUCUACGUCACAAAUGAUCUGAUUAGGCGAUCUCCUGGCAAACAGGAGGUCCCGCGUCGAGGAGCUGCCCAUGGAUACGAAUUCUUCUGGCGAAGAUGUCAUCAUACGAACGAGGAAGCCAUACACCAUUACGAAGCAGCGGGAGCGCUGGACCGCAGAAGAGCAUAACCGGUUUCUCGAAGCACUGAAGCUGUACGGACGGGCGUGGCAGCGUAUCGAAGAGCAUAUCGGAACAAAAACGGCAGUUCAAAUAAGAAGCCAUGCCCAGAAGUUCUUCUCAAAGUUGGAAAGAGAGGCCACAGUCAAGGGUUUACCAAUAGGAGAAGCUCAUGAAAUAAAAAUUCCUCCACCUCGCCCUAAGAGAAAACCAAGCAAUCCAUACCCUCGAAAGAUGGGGGUUUCUGCACCAACUGCCAAGGAUUGUCCAGUUUCUUCUGCGUGUGCCAGCAAACCUUCUCUGUUGAACAUCAAUUCUCCUACAAAGGGAUAUCCUGAGAGUGAAUCAUCUCCUCCUAGAAAAGAAUAUCUCAAAGAUAGUAGGUCUCCUGAAGUCCUUGCUCUCUUCCAUGAAGCUCCAUGUGCUUCGCUUACUUCUGAGAGCAACAUUGACAAACACACUAGAGGAACUUCUGGACUCACAAGUCCAGGUGCUUUUAGGGAAUUUAUACCACCAAAAGGUGAAUCGAUGAACCAAAUGUCUCAGAAACUAGUCCAGUGCGGGAAUGCCAUUAACUUGGAGAUUGGAAAUGUUAUGGAAGUUGAUUCAGAAAGCCUUAUCAUUCAUUCUGCUGGAAAGUUGGGCACAGAAACUGAAGUAGAUGAACCAGAAAAGGAUGGGGGGCUUGAUAUGUUACAAAAAGUGGAUUUUCCCUCCUCGCAGAGUUAUCCCAGGCAUGUGCCAGUGCAUGUUGUUGACAUAAACAGUGCAAAACUAUUGGAAAUUCAAUCCCCUAAUGUAACAAGUCAUGGUAAUGUACCUGCAGAAAAGGAAUAUCACACAAACUCGACACCUGCACUUUACCCUACAUACCCUAUCUUGCAUCCUCCCUUCAAUCCAUUUCAGACCAACCCAGAAGCAUUUAAAUCUGCUGCAGCCUAUGUCAGUUCUACUUUAUCAAACUUCAUCAUGUCGAGCCUUCUGCAAAAUCCUGUUGCACAUGCUGCUGCAAAUGUCGCCGCUUCAUGUUGGCCAUGUAUGGUGGACAAGGAAGCCUGUCCAGAAGAAACUCAUGAAACAGCUGCCAGUGGAAUAUCUUAUGCAGAACCUUGGCCAAAUUUGGCUGCAGUGGCUGCUGCAACUGUAACUGCUGCUUCCGCAUGGUGGGCUUCUCAGGGUCUAAUACCAUUUUGCCAUCCCAAUGUAAGCUUUCCAUUUGUUAUGACCCCUGCCACAACUGCUAUUCCUGCAAUGGCUGGGUCUCCUUGUCCCAUUUCUGAUCACAAAGAAGAACAGAAAGAACAGGACCUUCUUGAACCUGAAUUGUCACAAAUGAUUGAAACUGCAUGCCCUGCACCAGAAUCACCACCUUUAUCUUCUGAUUCAGAUGCAAGCGCUUAUGGCGGUUCCACAGAUUCAAAACCGAAAACGGCAUCUCACGAACCAAGGAAGCUCCUCCCUUCUGACUUCCACGAAGUGAGUAAGACAGAAGCCAGGAAGCUACAAGAUAAUUCUUCUUGUGGAUCCAACACAACUUCAAGCAGUGAGGUGGAAAUGGACAUCGUGCAUGAAGAUACUAAGGCAGCACCUAAGGCACUGGAUUUCAUCAAUCCUUCUGGAGAUCUUACAAACAGACGAUUUAGGAAUAUGGGAAACACCAAUGAAUCUUGGAAGGAGGUUUCUGAAGAGGGACGUCUAGCGUUUCAAGCAUUAUUUUCUAGGGAAGUGUUGCCCCAGAGCUUCUCUCCCAGGGACGAUCUUCAAGACAAGGGACAAAACAACAGCAACAAUGAAACAACAGCACAGGACUGUGAGAAGCAGAUGGAGAGUUGGAGCAAUUCUGUGAUUGAGGGAGACAAAGCCAUCAUGAUUGGAGGCAAGUCAAAGAAUCGUCGAACGGGUUUCAAGCCUUACAAGAGGUGCUCAGUGGAGGCCAAGGAGGGUAUGGUGGUGGUCGAUGGCAUCAGAGGCAGUGAGAAAGGGUUGAAAAGGAUUCGCGUUGGAGGGGAAGCUAACGAUAUGGUCAUUAUGUCCAUUUCAGGCCCUGCAGGGGAGAUGCAUUGCUCAUCCUAGUUACCGCUAUGGUGAGAGAAAGCAUUUUUUACAUUGUUUCUUUGCGUAGCUCGUGCAUGGACUCUGUAAUUUUGUACAAUAGACUCCUGAGGACAUAUUAUUUAUACGAACCAUCAACUCUACUAUGCGUUUUCAUUAA